AUGAUAGGCCUACGGCCCUCCAAGUUCUUCUGGUCGCUCGUGGAGCGGCCCCCCGCCGCAGUCCCCGAAAUGCUCCAGCGUGCCAGUCAAUUCGUCGCCGCGGAGACUUGGAUGGCUGGGAAGCGGGAGGAUCACAAAAAGGUCAAGUCAGAGCCGCCCCGACAGCUACAACCCCUCGCCUCCUGGCGGAGGACUGACAGACCCGAAUCAAGACCUCCUCCUCCCGCCUUGAAUUUGUCCCGAACCGAGAUUUUCCUGCACGAGAAGGGGAAGGGGCUGCUCAAGGACCCUCACCCGAUGAGGAACCCGCGAGAGCUCACGGACCGUUCAAGAGGACACCUCGGCCAGUAUCUCCGGCCGAACAAGGAGCGGUCACCCCGACCGGAGGGCCCCGUCGAGCGACACGUCGAUGUGAUAGCCGGGGGCCCUGCAUCUGGGGGCGGCUCCAUGUCGGGCAGAAAGGCGUAUGCCCGAGCCGCUCUCGACGAAACCUCAGGACGCGAUCCCGAGCCCGAGAUUACCUUCUCGACCGGAGCUUCCGAGCUCCCCGAUCAUGACGACGCCUUAGUGAUAUCGGACAGGGUAGCCAACGCGCAAGUGAGGAGAAUCAUGGUCGACACGGGAAGCUCGGCCGAUAUACUUUACUUCGACGCCUUCCAGAAGCUGGGUUUGGCCAGAGAAAGUUUGAGCCCGAUGUGCUCGACGCUCACCGGCUUCACGGGAGAUUCAAUAUCACCCUUGGGAGCUGUUACUUUGCCCUUGACUCUGGGGACCCCAUCGAGGUCGAAAACAGUGAUGACCACAUUCUUGGUGGUCGACCUUCCCACCGCCUACAAUGCCAUACUCGGCCGGCCGACCCUCAACAAGGUCAGGGUCGUCGUCUCAACCUACUACCAGACCAUCAAAUUCCCAACUCGUGCGGGAGUCAGGGAAGUCACGGGAAGCCCCCGAGAGUCUAGGCGGUGCUACCUUACCGCCCUCUCAUUGGGAAAGAGAGCCAAGACCGAGGCACCCCUGGAAGACCCAUGGGAAGCGAAAAAACUAGCUCCUCAUCCCGAGCCGAAGGGAUCCACUAUUGACGUACCCUUGCGAGAGGCUCGGCCUGACCAGGCGAUCAAGGUCGGAUCAGAGCUGCCCGAGCGGGAGCAGGAACGACUCGUCGGGCUCCUACGGGAAAAUGCCGACAUCUUUGCCUGGUCCCCAUCAGACAUGACGGGUAUAGACCCGGAGGGUCGUGGAGCAUCAUCUCAAUAUCCCACCUGA